AUGGUGUACUCGCGGUUCCUCGAGCUCCCGUCGCUCGGGAGCGCCCCCCACGGCCUGCUGCAUCGCACCGCGGCGCUGUCCAAUCCGCUCGACCCGGUCACCGCGAGUCUGGAGGCGAAGUGGCUGGGCGUGUCCGAGCUGGUGCUGAACGCCACAGCCGAGGCCAAGCGGGCGGGGGUGACGACGCCGCAUCCCUACGCGGAGAACAGCAUAUGCUUCGUGGAACCCAUGGCCCCGUCGCACGGCGCGGAGGCGGUGAUGUUCAUAUUCAUCUUCGGCGUGGUCCUCGGCGCGGUGCCCCAGUACCUCAAGCUCAUCCUCCUCGCGUCCAGCGAGGGCAUCUCGUUAGUCUCCCUCGCGCUCAUGAACGUCAGCAACCUCACCGCCACGCUCAACAUAUUCAUCCUGCACUUCGAGCAGAUCAAGCAGUGCGUCAAGCAAAACGCACCGGAGUACAGCUUCGACGCGUGCCAGGCGAGCUUACUCACCUUCUACUACACCCUGGUGUACACCCUCCUGUGGUUUCCCCUCUACCCGCUGGCCGCACACUUUUGUUCCAAUCGCAAAUCCGAGGUGUGCGGCGUCGUGCAAACGCAGCGGCAGCACGCGUGGCAGGGUUUGUUGGCUCACUUGGUGCCGUGCGCCAUCCUGGCGGCGCCCGUGUUGAAGAUGGCGGCGUCCAGCGGCGCGUGCCACGAGUACGAGGCGUACGCUUUGCUCUUGGGCGUCGUCAACGCCAUCCUGGAAGCGACGCGGUAUCUGCCCCAGGUGUACGCGAGUUGGUACUCGAUGGGAAGCGGUUCGCUGUCGUACCUGCGCUUGUUGCUGAGCAUCGGCGGCGGCGUUGGGGCGACGGUGCAGAAGGCGGUGAUGCACGAGGACGUGAGCACGUGGUUCCCGCCCCUGGUGGGUCACUCGUUGGAGAUUGUCAUCGUGCUGAUGAACCUGUACCACGACAUGCACGGCGGCAACGGAGGCCGGUUCAACGGGGGCGAAAACGGCAAGGCGGAACCCGAUUCGGGUGGUAAGGCGGCGAGCGGGGGGGAUGUGGAGAGCGGGGAGGCGGCGCCGCUGAUCGGUGCGCAUCGCGCGGCGGAGACGGAGGCGAUGAACAGGGCGUUGGAGCGGGGCGAGAAGGCGGCAGCUGGUGGAAAGCAGGAAUUGGGAAGUAGUAAAGGCGAGGAGGAGGAUCACGGGGACGAGAGCUGGAUUGACGAGCUGGAGGACAAGGGGGUGGUGGAUGGGUGCGGGUACUGCUGCGAGCAGAUGCGGACCAACCCCAAGUUUCUCCGAGGGCUCAUCAAGUACAUGUAGCCGGGUCGGGUCCCCUCAAACACGCGAAAUUUUAGCCAAGGCGUUAUCAUCACAGCGCAACUCGAUGAUCA